AUGGCGGAGACAACGACGGAGCGCAAGACGAUUGUCGUCGUCGGCCUAGGAAUGGUCGGGAUCGCUUUCAUCGAGAAGCUCCUCGAUUUGGACACCGCCCACAACUACCGCAUCGUAACCUGCGGCGAGGAGACGCACUUGGCAUAUAAUCGAGUCGCUCUCACUGAGUACUUUCAACACCGGAAUAUCGAGAAGCUAUACCUCAACCCCGCGGACUGGUAUGCCAAGCAGGACCCAGCACUGUUUUCGUUCCACGUAGGGGAAUCUGUCGCGUCUCUCGACCAUGCCUCUCGCUCUGUGACCACUGACAAGGGUCGGACGAUCGUGUACGACUACUGCGUACUGGCAACUGGUUCGGAUGCCGCCCUUCCGAGUUAUGCCGACCUCUCCAUCCCCGGUGCCUUCGUUUACCGUAACAUCUCCGACGUCAACAAGCUGCUCGAGUACGCGGAGAAGGGAGAGAUGAAGGACUGUUCGGCCGUGGUCCUUGGGGGCGGGCUCCUCGGGCUCGAAGCCGCCAAGGCAGUGUACGACCUGCCGUCAGUCAAGAAUGUUACAAUCAUCCACAGACAGGCUUUCCCUCUCUCGCGGCAGCUCGAUGCGCAAGGUGGCGAGAUCGUCCUCCGCCGCAUCGAGGCCAUGGGUGUAACGUUCUUGGGCAGUACGUCUGUGAAGAGGGUAAUCACCAACGACAACAGGGCGGUGUCCGGUCUCGAGCUAGUGGAUGGCUCAACGGUAGACUGCAGCCUCGUCGUCUUUGCGAUUGGCAUCAGUCCGCGCGACGACGUGGCGCGCACCGCUGGUCUCGCCUGUGCACCGCGGGGCGGCAUCGUCGUCGACGACCACCUGCAGACCAGUGCGCCGGACGUCUAUGCGAUUGGCGAGUGCGCGAGCUGGAAGAACAACACGUACGGGCUCAUCGCUCCCGGGAUCGAAAUGGCGGACAUCCUCGCCUUCAACUUCACGCAGGCGAGGACGCAGAUCGGGACCUUCCAGCUGCGUCAGAUGAACACACCAGACUUGUCGACAAAGCUGAAGCUCAUGGGGGUCGACGUAGCGUCGUUCGGCGACUAUCUGGCAGAGCAACGUAUACGGGCGACGGCAUCGCGCCCUGCCAAAGAAGGUCCUGCACAAGAGGCGGCCACAAGCGCAGCCACUAAACCGCACGACGCGUCCGCGCCCAAGAAGCGUCACGGAGCCGCAGCGGCAGCAGACGGCCCUGUAGAGGCGCUCACGUACCGCGAUCCCUUCGCAGGUGUCUAUAAGAAAUACAUCUUCAGCGCCGAUGGCAGAUACCUCCUGGGCGGGAUGAUGGUAGGAGACACGUCGGACUACGUCAAGCUAGUCGCGCUGGUGAAGAAGAAGAAACCCCUGGACGCGGUGCCGUCGCAGUUCAUCCUCGGCUCGCGCGCCGGGCAGGACGACUCUGGAGCGGACCUCGACGACGACGCGCAGAUCUGCAGCUGCCAUAACGUGUCCAAGGGCCGUAUCGUGCAAUGCAUCAAGGAUGGCGCCGAGAGCGUAGCCGAUGUCAAGACCAUGACUAAGGCUGGAUCGGGCUGUGGAGGAUGCGUGCCGCUGUUGACGAAUAUCGUGCAGGCGGAGCUCAAGAAAGCAGGCGUCGCCGUGAGCAAUAACCUGUGUCCCCACUUUGCAAUGUCUAGGGCGGAUCUAUUCAAUGUCGUCAAGAUCAAGAAGCUGAAGACAAUAACUGCCAUCAUGGAGGCUGCGGGCACACACCCCAACGCGUUAGGCUGCGAGGUCUGCAAGCCCGCAGUCGGGAGCAUUCUGUCAUCGCUGUGGAACGAGCACAUCAUGGACCCCGCGCACCACGCGAACCAGGACACGAAUGAUCGGUUCCUAGGCAAUAUUCAGCGAAAUGGGACAUUCUCGGUCGUCCCACGUGUACCGGCAGGAGAGAUAACCCCGGACAAGCUAGUGGUGCUAGGACAGGUGGCGAAAAAAUAUGGUCUCUACACGAAGAUCACCGGCGGACAGCGGGUAGACCUCUUCGGUGCCGAGAAGGCAGACCUGCCUUCCAUCUGGAAAGAGCUGGUCGAUGCGGGCUUCGAGAGCGGCCACGCGUACGGGAAGGCGCUGAGAACAGUCAAGUCCUGCGUGGGCACGUCGUGGUGUCGAUACGGCAUCGGCGACUCAGUCGGAUUGGCCGUGCAAUUGGAGGAGCGAUACAAGGGCAUUCGCUCGCCUCACAAGUUCAAGGGCGGCGUAAGCGGCUGCGUACGGGAAUGCGCUGAAGCGCAGGGUAAGGACUUCGGUCUCAUCGCUACAGACAAGGGAUGGAACAUUUACGUCUGCGGUAAUGGCGGUGCAAAUCCACGACACGCCACCAUCCUGGCGACCGAUGUGCCGCCAUCCAGAGUAAUCCGUAUUUUGGACCGCUUUGUCAUGUAUUACAUUCGUACGGCUGACAAGUUGAUGCGCACCGCGCGCUGGUUGGAGUCGAUGGAGGGAGGCAUCGAGAAACUUCGCAGAGUCUUGUUGGACGACGAGCUGGGCAUAUGUGCGGACCUUGAGCGAGACAUGGACGAGCUCGUUGGAACGUACUUCGACGAGUGGAAGGCCGUGGUGGACGAUCAAGAACGACAACGGAAGUUCCGCCAGUUCGUCAAUACGGCGACUGGCCCGCAGGAUGAGCGAGUACCACAGACGGAGAUGAUCGUCCAGAGGGGUCAGACCCGGCCUGCAGACUGGAGCAAGGACACCGCUCCGCUCAUACUGCGAGAGACGGACAUAGCAUUUCCCAAGGACAAAUGGAGGUGGCGGAAGGUGGCAACUAUCCACGAUCUCACUCCCACGGAUAGUGGGACGACAUCUGCAGCCGUGCGAUACGGGGACAGCCAAAUCGCCAUCUUUCAUGUGCCUGGUCGCGGCUACUUUGCGACGCAGCAGAUGUGCCCCCACAGGCGAGCUUUCGUGCUCGACCACGGGAUUAUUGGCGAUGACCCCAAGACGGGAUCCGUCUACGUGUCGUGCCCGAUGCACAAACGCAACUACGACUUGACCUCCGGCGCUUGCUUGAACGACGACUCGUACGGCAUUAUACCCUUCCAAGUCAAAGUCGAUGGAGAAGACCUUUCCCUUCUCCUCCCCGACGAGGGCGACUUGGACGCAGUCAUCGGCACCUCGAAGUGGAUGGUUCGGCAAGCCACAGCAGAGCUUCUUAGCAAGACUGCGGAGUCUACCGUCGAGAUCGUCGGUCCGUCCGAUGCUAUACUCACCGGGGAGCCCCAGGCGUGUGGCGGCGGCACGUCUUGCGGCGACGCCAAACUCGACUGGUGA